AUGUGGCAUCCUCGUUGCAUACCAAGCUCACCGAACGAUAUAUACCACCUGUUCCACGCUUACCAUCCGCUGAAGCUUCUCAUCGAUGGCCCACCUGUUUACUCCAAAGGGAAAUGCGAUGCAUGUCAGGAAGACCUCAAGAGCUACUUCUACCAUUGCUCGAUAUGCGAUUUCAGCAUGCACGUGCGGUGUUCCAAGAACCACCCACCACCCAUUGUGGAAACUGCGAAGUGCCACGAGCAUUCACUAACAUGUAUGGUUAGAAAUGACACCUUCACUUGCAACGCUUGUGGUACGCAUGGUGAACGAUGUCCUUACGUGUGCGCUCCCUGCGGUGUCAUGUUCCACCGGGAAUGUAUCAACCUACCACACGUCAUAAACAUGAAUCGCCACGACCACCGGGUCUCUCACACCUAUUCUCUUGGUUUUGGGAAUUGGAAAUGCAUGAUUUGUCGCAAGAUGGUGGACUGGAGGUACGGAGCUUAUACCUGCUCGACAUGUCCUGAUAAGUACGUUGUUCACUCAAAGUGCGCAACUCGAGGCGAUGUGUGGGAUGGGGUAGAGCUCGAAGGGGUGCCUGAAGUAUAUGUUGAUGUUUCGCCAUUCAACGUGAUUGAAGAGGGAAUUACAAUUGAUCAUUUUUCCCAUGAACAUCUCUUAUAUAAGAUUGAAGAUGAGGAUGAUAUACGUGAUGGAAGCAUGCGUUGUGAAGCUUGCGUCCGUCCUAUCUUUUCCGAGACGCACUACACGUGUAUGGAAUGCGACUUUAUCAUCCACGAGACGUGUGCUAAUCUUCCUCGUCAAAAACGACUCUGGCUCUCCACGAACAUUAUCACUAGAUUUGCGAUGUGCAUCUUUGAUCUCAUCCUACUGUGA